UCGUCAUCACGUGGCUCCGAGGUACGCCCACGCCCGGUCCACGCCUUCCCAGCGCGCCGCUCGGCCUCCGCCGUUGCUAAGAGGCCUUGGAUACCUGGCGGCGGGAUGCUGGGCGGCGUCAGGUGAAGAUGGUGGUCACCGGGCCUCAGGUAACCAUGGAGAAGGAGCUUCGGAGCACCAUUCUUUUCAAUGCAUACAAAAAGGAACUAUUUACCACCAACAAUGGCUAUAAAUCGAUGCAGAAGAGACUUCGGAGCAAUUGGAAGAUUCAGAGCUUAAAAGAUGAAAUCACAUCUGAGAAGUUAAUUGGUGUGAAACUGUGGAUUACAGCUGGGCCAAGGGAAAAAUUUACUGCAGCUGAGUUUGAGGUCCUGAAGAAAUACCUUGACGGCGGUGGAGAUAUCCUUGUGAUGCUAGGAGAGGGUGGGGAAUCCAGAUUUGACACCAAUAUUAACUUUCUCCUUGAAGAAUAUGGAAUCAUGGUUAAUAAUGAUGCUGUGGUUAGAAAUGUAUAUUAUAAGUAUUUCCAUCCUAAAGAAGCUCUAGUUUCCAAUGGAGUCUUGAAUAGGGAGAUUAGCCGAGCUGCAGGGAAGGCUGUGCCUGGAAUCAUUGAUGAGGAGAGCAGUGGAAACAAUGCCCAGGCUCUCACCUUUGUAUAUCCUUUUGGUGCCACAUUGAGUGUCAUGAAACCAGCAGUUGCUGUUCUGUCCACGGGUUCUGUCUGUUUUCCACUGAACAGACCCAUUCUGGCUUUCUAUCACUCCAAGAACCAAGGUGGGAAGCUGGCGGUGCUUGGCUCAUGUCACAUGUUUAGUGACCAAUAUUUAGAUAAAGAAGAAAAUAGCAAAAUCAUGGAUGUUGUUUUCCAAUGGCUUACAACAGAAGACAUUCAUCUAAACCAGAUUGAUGCUGAGGAUCCAGAGAUUUCCGACUACAUGAUGCUGCCUGACACAGCCACCCUGUCAGAGAUGCUUCGAGUGUGCCUCCAAGAGGGUGAUGAGAACCCACGGGACUUCACCACCCUCUUUGACCUGUCCAUUUACCAGCUGGAUGUCACCUCCCUCUCCAAGGUCAUCAAGGCUUAUGAACAGCUCAACGUGAAACAUGAACCUCUCCAGCUCAUCCAACCUCAGUUUGAGACGCCGCUGCCUGCCCUUCAGCCAGCGGAAUCAGUGGUGCUGUUAGGUACUGAAGAAGACCUGGAAUUCUAUGUCAGGAAAUGUGGUGACAUUCUUGGAGUAACCAAUAAACUACCAAAGGACCAACAAGAUGCCAAACAUAUCCUUGAGCACAUCUUCUUCCAAGUGGUAGAGUUCAAGAAAUUGAACCAGGAACAUGACAUUGAUACAAAUGAAACUGCAUUCCAGGACAAUUUCUGAGGACCGUGCCUCUUGAAGCAUUUUAUGCCUCCUUAUUUGUAAACUGUUUUUCAAUUGUUCCUCAAUCCUUUAUCAAAAUUGUCCAUCUACUCUUCUAUGAACUGUGGAAGAGUUGUGUAUCUUCUGUAGUGCCAGAUAGGUAUAACAUUUCUAACUUAGAAAACCCUUAUGUAAGAUAUGUUCCAUUUUUAAAAUCAAAUGAUUAAAUCUGUACUUUUAUAAUUUA